CAGUGACUAUAACACAGUGUAUACAGCAAUGGCUAAUAAGUUCUUCGGUGCAACAGUUUCGUUGUGGUUGUUGGUCACUUUGGUCCAUGUAAGUCAUGGUGAGUUGGUGGAGAAAUCCCUGCUACAAGCUGUGGCCACCAACAACCAACGCCUGGGCAGAGCAGCACAAUGUGUAGCCGAUUUGUUUGAAGAUGCUGAAGUACAAACCAAAUGUAAUACUGUGGUCGAAGGAGGCAUAGGAUUUUUGAGAGGUUAUAAGGGCAAAACUCUGACCGAUGAAGGGUACAUAAAUUUGGCAAAUCUGGUCAUCAUGACUGCUGUGACCAACAUGCAAGGCGUUCACCCUAAAUGUGCAAGUGCUGGUGAUUCCUACACUGUCAGCAAUACACCAUCAUCGGGAGCUAAUUUGUCCAAGACUGGUGGAGUUUUCGUACGCAUUGGUGAUGUGUGCGAUUGUUUGAUCAAAAAAGGCGAUAAUGAUCUAUUGGCUAAAGUUCCAGCUUUCUAUGCCAAGAUCAUUGAAGGACUUGCUUCGGAUACUGGCGCUGAUCUUGUGGAUGUUCUCUACAAACAUGAGUCUACCUUGGCAAAUGAUUUGGCCAGUUUGUCUGGUGAUUGUAAAUAGGACAAGGAUUGAAAGUAGUUCAAAGAAAGAGGACCUGGUAGGAUCCUUC